UCCGGGGGCGCCACCCCCUCUGCUCUCAGGGCUUUCGCCGCGGUUUUCUGGGGCCCCACGCCUUCGCCGCAGUAACAAGCUACCGGGAGGCCCCCGAAUCUGGUUCCUGGGCCGGGGUAAGCGCUAGCUGGGGAGGGGACGGUCUCGGAGAGUGUGGGAUCCAUGAUGGCACGGGCGGCACCCCCAGCCUUUCAACUCUGCUUUCUGGCUCCCUGCGGGGGAGGUUCGCCAGUGUUGAGUGUCCCUGGUCACCGAGUCACAGCGUACAUUCCCAUUCAGCUCUGACCGCGCGUCCCGAGAGUAGAGCAGGUGCUGCCCAGGACCCAGAGCCUUCCACCAGGAGCUCAAAGUCAAUUUCCUUUGUUGCCCAGAUUCUGAUUCUGAUGUCCUGGUUCCUGGUGCUGCCAGAGUUCUGGUUCCGGAAGGCCUUUCCCAGAUGCGUCAGGCCCAGCUCCCUCCCAGGCACAAGGCAGCGCUGAAGACAUGGGCAUGUGCAAGCCCCUGUGCCUGGGACACGUGGACAUCCGGAAAAGUUUGGUGGGCCUGGCCACGGGUGCUGGGGCCAUCUACCUGCUCUACAAGGCCAUCAAGGCUGGCUUGAAUUGCCAACCCCCCGUCUGCUCUGGUUCGCCCAUCUGCAUCGCCCGUGAGUGCCCGGGCCCUGGGGAAAGGGCUUUGUCCCAGGAGGCACCUGCUCCCGAGGCCUCCAGUGUGGGAGGGACCAAAGGCCUGGCAAUCGAGCGAGAGCAGCAUGGGCGAGACUCAGGUGAGAUCCGGAGGCUCCUCAACUCUCUGGAGUGCAAACAUGAUGAGUACACCAAAAGCAUCAUCCUGCACAGUAUCACGCGCUGUGUGUACUUGCUGGAGACCGAGGCCUCUGCUUGUACUGCUGAUGAUAUCAGCUUGGUGGGCUCCAUGCUGGAUGACAAGGACAACAGUGCCAAAAUCCAAGCUCUGAAUGCACUUAAAGCUUUAUCUGGCAUCAGAAAAUUCAGGCUCAAAAUCCAGGAACACUCCAUCAAGGUACUGGAACUGAUCUCCACCAUCUGGGACUCAGAGCUGCAUGUUGCAGGCCUCAGACUCCUCAACAAUCUCCCACUGCCUGACUUUGUGCACCCACAGCUGCGAUGGGUGAUGCCUGCCCUGAUGGAGAUCCUGCAGUCAGACUACAUACUGGCACAGGUGCAAGCCAUUCAAUUGCUGAGCUGCCUGGCACAGAAGAAUGACCUUCUCUAUGAUAUUCUCAACUGCCAGGUGCACUCCAACUUCCUGAACCUGCUCCAGUGCACACAGCCAGGGAGUCUGCUGUUCGAAUUACUGGUGUUUGCUGAGCGGCUGAGUGAGGGCCAGAAUUCACCCCACUACUGUGCUGUGAGAUGGCACUACAGUGAGCGGUCUCUGCAUGAAGCUCUCUUUGGGGAAGAUUCACGACUGGCAGACCGGCUGCUUGCCCUCGUCAUCCACCCUGAGGAGGAUGUUCAGAUCCAGGCAUGCAAGGUCAUAGUCAGUCUGCAGUGCCCCCCGGAUGUGGAAGUCCAACCCUCUGCCUGCCAGCCCAGUCACUCCUUCUUUAAUAAUGGGGAAUAAAAUUAAGGAGAACCAAAUAAAUGAGUAUGGCGGAGAA